AGUCAUAAUCGUAGUGACUUGGAGAACGCUGUAAGCAAUUUGCAGGUUUUACACUUUAGCGAAGUUGGCAUAUAAUAAGAGGAAAAUCAAUUCCCAACAAAACUAUCAAGAUGACACUCACAAAUCGGGUGGAUUUGGAGUCGGUCUACAAUGUUGGCGUGGGCUUCCGUUCAUAUUAUAUUCAAAAAAUUGAGGAGCUGCAAUUGAUUGUGGCGGAGAAAAGUCAAAAUCUACGCCGAUUACAGGCACAACGUAAUGAGCUCAAUGCUAAAGUACGAAUGCUGCGAGAGGAGUUGCAACUGUUGCAGGAACAAGGCAGCUAUGUUGGUGAGGUUGUGAAGCCAAUGGACAAGAAAAAGGUGCUUGUCAAGGUCCAUCCCGAGGGUAAAUUUGUAGUUGAUUUGGACAAGAACAUUGAUAUUAACGAUGUAACACCAAAUUGUCGCGUUGCAUUGCGGAACGAAAGUUACACUCUGCACAAGAUAUUGCCCAAUAAAGUGGAUCCGUUAGUGUCGCUUAUGAUGGUCGAAAAAGUUCCCGAUUCCACGUAUGAAAUGGUUGGUGGCUUAGACAAGCAGAUCAAGGAAAUCAAAGAAGUAAUCGAGCUGCCUGUCAAGCAUCCCGAGCUAUUUGACGCCUUAGGUAUUGCCCAGCCAAAGGGUGUGUUGCUGUAUGGCCCGCCCGGCACUGGCAAAACGCUGCUCGCUCGCGCAGUUGCCCAUCACACGGAAUGCACAUUCAUACGUGUCUCUGGCUCCGAACUGGUCCAAAAGUUCAUUGGCGAGGGCUCACGUAUGGUGCGUGAACUCUUCGUGAUGGCACGUGAACAUGCACCAUCAAUUAUAUUUAUGGAUGAAAUUGAUUCGAUCGGCUCGUCGCGUAUUGAAUCUGGCUCUGGCGGCGACUCUGAGGUGCAACGUACUAUGUUGGAGCUGCUCAAUCAACUGGAUGGUUUCGAGGCCACCAAGAACAUCAAAGUCAUCAUGGCAACCAAUCGUAUUGAUAUACUCGACCCAGCACUACUUCGUCCUGGCCGCAUUGAUCGCAAAAUUGAAUUCCCCCCACCAAAUGAGGAAGCGCGUUUGGACAUCCUUAAGAUUCAUUCGCGCAAAAUGAACUUAACGCGCGGCAUCAAUCUGAGGAAGAUUGCUGAACUGAUGCCUGGCGCAUCAGGUGCCGAAGUCAAGGGUGUCUGUACCGAGGCUGGAAUGUACGCACUGCGCGAGCGUCGUGUGCAUGUUACCCAGGAAGAUUUUGAAAUGGCCGUCGCCAAGGUAAUGCAAAAAGACUCUGAGAAGAACAUGUCCAUCAAAAAGCUGUGGAAGUAAACCUUAACUAUGAAUACAAAACCGAGUUUCAAUGAA